CAGCAGCAGCAGCAACAGCAGCGACCAGAGCAGCGUCAGCGACUGCGGCGGCGAAUUAGGCAGCGCAGUCAGACGUCAGCGUCAGCGCAGGCGCAGCUCGCGAGGACUAAGGGAUGCCUAUUGUCCGGACUUGUUGCACGCAUGCGCCUUGAUCCUUCACCAGCAACAGCAGCCCGGCAGCAGCGACAGUUCCGUUGGUAAUUUCACAGCCACGCCUCCACCCCCACCGCCUCCGCCUCCGGCGCCGGCAGAGAAUCGAGCGGUACGUGACAGCAUCGAAUACAGCUCGGACUAUGUGGAGAUCGAUGAGCUGCUGCUAGGCGCUGGCCCUCGGGCCAAGAGCACACCCCAGCUGCAGCAUGCUGUAGGUCUCGAAGCAUUAGAGAUGGGUCAGAACCUGAGCCUGCGACGUCCUCGCAUCUCGCUGACCUGGGUGCUGCGGGAGCAGCACCAGCCCAACCAGCAGCCCAGCAAUGAGCCCGACGCACCAGAAGCCGCCCCACACGGCCACAAGGAGAAGGAGCCGCUGAGGCUGAGCAAUGGACAUGUGGGCGCAGCCGAAGCUGCCCCAGGUCCAGCUGCGCCGCCUGUGCAGCGCACUGAACCGGUGCCCACCCAGCUGGAUGUGGGCAAGAAGCGCUAUAGGGUCAAGCAGCUGCCCGGCGGCACGGAGCCGCUCAAUGGUUACGCCACCACGCCCACCGCCCACCAGGCACCCGGCCACAGCAGUGGUCCGUUGGGCAGCCAGAAGUUCUUCAGCAACCAGAACCUGCUGGAGUACAAGGACAAGAGCGUGCGCAGUGGAGCGCCCGUGGCAGCGGCCACCACCAAGGAGCUGCUCUUCGUCUGCACGCCGCAGCGGGCGCCGCGGAGCGACGUGCACAGCGAGGCGCUGCUGUUGGCUCGCAAGCGCAACGAGAUUCGCAAGAAGCUGGCGAGCCGGCUGCAGCAGGCGCGAGCUGCAGCAGGAGUCGUAGUGGGAGUAGGAGGAGCGGGAGGAGCAGCCGGCUCAGCGACUGCCUUGACCAACUCGGCAAGUGGCGAUGCCCUGAAGUGCACCUACUCGGAGCCCAGUUUGGUGGCGGUCUCGGAGGGUGGUGCCAGCGGAGCUGCACCACAGCAGCAGCAGCGCCGGCACCGGCAUCGCAAGCGUCGCGAGCGGGAGCGGAAUCGUGUGCAGCGCUUUGGCUACGAGAUCCAAAAUGUGGAUGAGUUUCUGUCACGCUGCUCGCUGUCCGCACCGGGCAACAUACCCGUUGUCCUGGCCACGGCCAGCACGCUGUACCAGACGCGCCCCGGCGGCUACCAGUUGGAGAUCCCCCUGCCCCUGGGCAUGGUUGUCAAUGCGGUCUUCAAGAACCAGAACUGGCUCUACGUGCAGACGCCGCACGCCGAGGAGGGCUACGUGGGCUACGCCUGCUGCCUGCCCCUGGGCAUAUUGCCCACGGGCAAGACGACGCCCUGCUGGGAGUCCAAUGCGGACAUCUUUCCACGGCCCUGCGGCAAUAUGACCGACUCGGAGAAGGAGAUACGUCUGCGCGGCGGCACACGCUCCGAUGGAGCGCGCACACCGCGCCAGUCCAAGCCAGUCGAAGAGCACAACAACAACAACAACAACAAUAAUAAUAAUCCGAGCAAGAGUCUGGUCUCCAAUGGCGGCAGCCUGGCCGGCUCCUUGUACGGCGAGCAGCAUGUGGACAAGCUCUACCUGCGCGCCGCCUCGCAGCCAAAGCUCGUGGAGAAGGCCUACGCGCAGCUGCGCUCCACCAAGCAACUGGGCUCCGGCUCGGCCUCAGUGCGCAGUGCCUCCAACGACGAAUACGUGACGCUCCAGCAGCAGCAGCAGCAGCAGCGGACGACCAAGCAGCAGAGGCAGCCAGCGUCGCAGCCGGUGCGACGUCUGUCGAACGUUUCGUAUAUAACCAAUGGCCACAAUGGCCAGCAUCUGCACCCAAAGAGCAUUCCACAGCAGCACCAACAGCAGCAGCUGAGCGUGCUGCGACGACAGCAGCAGAACGGACUGCGCCAAACUCUAGUCGCCAUCAAUGCGGACUACAUCACGGAGAGCAUUGUCGUCCACAAGGGCGAGAUUGUGACGCUCUGCGAGUGCCGCGAGUCCAAGGAUCAGCGCCAAUGGUUCUAUGUGAAGACGCGAGACGGACGCGAGGGCUUCAUACCAGCCGAGGUGGCCGGCCAUGGUUAUCUGUAGACUGAAGGAAGUUGCCCUCGCCCAUGCAAAGCCUGCAGAUAUUCAAGGCUCUGCAAGGACAGACAUAUUUAUAUGCAUUUGUGGAAGAGUCACAUAAUAUUUCCAUUAAGUAAUACAAAUUAGCAAUAUCGUGUGUAUUUUAAUAUAAUCCCUCGUUUCGCGUACGCUUUUAGAAUCUACAUAGAUGUAAUCUGUGCUAUGGGUGUAUAUGUACAUGUAUUUAUUUAGCAUUUAGUCUAUGCAAUCGCAACUUGCAACACAAAUCAAAGACAGACACAACACAACACAAUGACAACGACACGUGGAAAACGAAACGAAACACUAUUUAUACAAACAAACAGAAAAAAUAUUGUACUUGAUGCUUCUACUAAAUAAUUGGAUUAAAUAAAUAAACAUAUUAAACGAA